CCUCUCUGUCUAACUCUCCAUCGUUUUCUCUUGUCCCAGCAUUGAUGGAAUAACGACAACCUAGUAAUUUGUUGCCAUAGUAACGUUAACUUUAUAUUUCCUAUUGGAGAAUUUAUGUUGCUGCGGUAGUGUUGUUUAACCAACAUCUGUAUGUUAUUUGAAGUCUUGAACUUGCGAUGAAACGUAAGAAAAAAGAAAUACCUUUUCAAAGGAUUUGAAUUAUUUAUCUUUCUAUAAAUAUAUAGUGCUUUCAUAUAAACAGGAAAUACUAACUUGGAUUAUUCUUUGAUGUUGAUUUUCUUUGUUGGUAUUACGCAACGAAACAGAUUGGGUGCAGAACGUCUAUUUAUUGCUGAGUAGAAGACUUGAUAGAAAAGUUAUGUAAUUAUAGACCAAACAAGUAUGAGACAACCGGAAGGAAAAUCUCGUAUUCAAGUUGCUGUACUGAAUUAAUGAUGCAUAUACAGCAAGAAUUUAUGAAUACAGGCUAAUGGAAAAUCACAACUAUCGGAGGACCGAUCGGUGGAUAUAAGGAAAUUAACUGUCAGGCAUAGCGGAAUAAAGAAUGAAAAAUUAGUUGACAUGCAAAGACAUACGUAUUAAUACAAAGAAGAGUUGCUGAAUUUGCCUUUUAACAGGAAUGAUGGCUGACGAGCACCCUGUCUUUUUGCUGAAAUGUGUCGCUAUUGUUUACUUAGCACAUUUAACGCAGUCACAUAUAAACGGGAAUAUAUCUUACACGUUUGAUGAUUAUCCGACCUCUAUCCCAGACGAACAAAGACUUUAUGAAUACUUGAUGGAUGGUUACGAGAAAUCCGUUCGUCCAGUUCGGAAUUCCUCGACAGUUCUCGUUGUUCAAUUUGCUUUACACCUUAAUCAGAUCAUUGGCUUGGAUGAAAGGCAUCAAGUUCUUACCACAAACGUAUUCAUUGACCAGCAAUGGUUGGACGAGAGUUUGUCCUGGGAACCAGACGAGUAUAAUAACAUCCGUUCAAUCCGGAUACCAGCAAGCAAUGUAUGGUUGCCGGACACCUUCAUUUACAACAAUGCCGACGGUGGCUCCACGGGGUUCAUGAAGGGAACGUAUGUAUUGGUUAAUUUCAACGGGACAGUACUUUGGCCAGUACCGGUGAAGCUGAAGAGCUCCUGUAAGGUUGACAUCACUUACUUCCCCUUUGAUGAUCAGUUGUGCUUUUUGCGAUUUGGUUCCUGGAUAUAUAGCAGUAUGUGGAUGGACUAUGAAACCAUGAAUCAAAAUCGUUCCAUUGAAUUAUCUUCAUACGUCAACAACAGCGAGUGGGACCUUCUAUCCGUCAUGCUGCGAAAGAAUAUACGCACUCAUUCUUGUUGUGAUGACCCUUACCCCGAUCUCACGUACACAUUACACGUGCGGAGGAAGACAUUUUACUACAUAUUCAAUAUUAUAGUCCCAUGCAUCAUGUUAUCUAUUUUAACACUGCUGACAUUUUGGUUGCCACCAACUUCCGGUGAAAAGAUAACUCUUGGACUAUCUGUCUUUCUAGCAUUUUCUAUGUUUAUGUUGCUCAUAGCCGAGGAAGUGCCCGCAACAUCUGAAGCUGUCCCUCUUAUAGGCAUAUAUCUGUGUGUAGUAAUGACGCUGACGUCACUGUCUGUUAUAAUGGCGGUUAUGGUAAUCAAUUUAUACAAUCGUGGUGCAAAGACAAGAAGAGCACCGAUGUGGGUGCGAGUUUUGGUUCUCAAGUGGAUAUCAUUUGUAUUACGCAUGCGCCAUGACCUCGAAAGAAUUGUGGAAUCGAUUAAUUUGGAAAGUGACGCUGAAAUUGAUACCAGAAGAAGCUCAUUUCGAGCAAACAGACGUCAAACGUCUAUGCGGAGGACUCGAGAAACCGCUCUUUCUUCUAUACAAGAAUAUACUUUAUCACGACAUAAUACGAUACGUCGUCGUCAUAGUAACAAUGAAUCUAAUGUUGAUGAUGACGAAGGUGCCGCGGCAGCACCUCUAAAUGCUGAUAGUGACAAAGAUGUAGAAAAUGAGGUCAUAUGGAUACGUCGUGAUGAUGUGUAUCCAGAAAAAAAUCAUCCGAGAACUAUGAAAUUUGAAAUGGAGGACCACUCUGGGCGUAACGAACAGGUUCAGCCCUCCAGCUCAAGGUCAUUGCUUAGACCAACAGAGCAUAGGUCUAGACCAAGACCGAAGUUCAAAACUCAAAAACCUCCAAACAAAUGUAUAUUAUCAAACGAAAUAAAACCUAAAGAAGGGGAUACAAAAAGUGAAAUUUAUUACCGGAAGUUGAUUGUGGCGGAGUGGCAACGGGUAGCCGCGGUUGUAGACAGGGUUUUAUUCUGGCUUUAUUUCAUUGGAACUAUUGCAUCUUACAUGAUUAUACUGAUCAUCAUUCCAGGAGAUAACUAUGACUUGUGGGAUGCCAAAAUACAACGCACACCAAUUAUGAAAUCUAAUAGUAGAUACACAAUGUAGUUUAUAUAGCAUUCUAAAAUAUCAUGUUCAUUGUAUGUCAAUAAAUUUCAUUAAAAAUAAUACUGUAA